AUGGCCCUGAUGGCCGACAAGCACAAGGAACUGGCGCUGCGCGACCAUCCCUACGGUCCACCAGCUGGGAUCUUCGCCCCCGGAGGGACCGGAGCCAGUCCCGCCGGCUUCCCGUUUCCCGGAGGUGCGAGCGGAAUUUUCCCCCCGCACGCCCACGCUCACCUGGACCGCAGGUUGCUGCGCGCCCCGGGCCGGGCGUCUCGCCCCAAGAAGCAGUUCAUCUGCAAGUUCUGCAGCCGGCAGUUCACCAAGUCGUACAACCUGCUGAUCCACGAGCGCACGCACACGGACGAGCGCCCUUACUCGUGCGACAUCUGCGGCAAGGCGUUCCGACGCCAAGACCACCUCAGGGACCACAGGUACAUCCACUCGAAGGAGAAGCCGUUCAAGUGUGGCGAGUGCGGGAAGGGGUUCUGCCAGUCCCGGACGCUGGCCGUACACAAGAUCCUGCACAUGGAGGAGUCCCCGCACAAGUGCCCGGUGUGCAGUCGCAGCUUCAACCAGCGCUCCAACCUCAAGACGCACCUCCUCACGCACACCGACCACAAGCCCUACGAGUGUGGCUCGUGCGGAAAGGUGUUCCGGCGCAACUGCGACCUCCGGCGUCACGCCCUGACGCACACGGUGGGCGACGUGCCGUCCGAGGUGCUGGGCGAGACGCCACCACCCCCGCACAAGGAGCCGUCGCCGCCCUCGUCCGAUUCGCCACCCCCCACGACGCGUUGCCACCACCACGACCCUUCAGAGUCCUACACGAUGCGUCCCCCGCCCGACCCCCCGCACCUGCCACAGCUGCAGAUCCGCCGAGACCUGCACAGGCCCUCUGCCACCGUGACCAGUCUGGAACCCACUCCGGGCACGAGCAUGGGCCUCGGCAUAUUCCGGAGGAAGUUGCCGGAGCCUCCGGACAUCCGCAGCCCGCGGCCUGACGCAGAGGCAGGACCGUCGACAUCGCGAGACAUCGCCAGGCCGCAGAGGAACCCGUCCACGAAGAUGCACGGCUUCAGCAUAGAGGAAAUUAUGAGACGCUAGCAUUUCGCGCGUCGUUGCAAGAUGAAAGAACCAAAGAGACCAGACGCUCUCAUUCGGCAUUGAACAUUUUAGUAGGUCCGGGGACCUCCAGGACGUUCCGUUGUUGUUUACGAUCUCAAGAUGUAGUAGAAUACAGAGGAGGGAGAUGUCGCAACGUCGCCUCAUCGCGCCCUGCACGAAUGUACUAGAACAGUGAAUAGCAUUAUAAUUAAUACAAUAAAAAAUGUUGCUUCGUUUUUAA